AAUGUUUUUUGAAGCGCUGUUUUCAGAAGUCAAGGUCGUUAUUGUGAAAGGCCAAGCAGAUGCCGCUGCCUAACUUUGACUCAAUAAAGAGUAUUGCUGUCGGUAAAGACAACACAAAUAAGCAGCAAGCUUUGCAUAUUUUAAAGGCAAUUACAGAUCAAGAAGUUCCACCGAAGCAAAAACAUAUUCGUGCGAUUAUCUUGGCGACGUUUAGCGGAAGAUCAUCAUCCUUUUUCUACGAUACGACACUGAGGCUUGCAAUAUAUACCAAUCCUGUUGUCUGUUGGAAAUUUUUGUACAUUAUUCAUAAGCUAUUUCGAGAUGGACAUCGUGAAUGCGUGAAUGAUGGCCUACGUCAUGCAACCAGAGUAGCACAGUUACAGUCUGCUUGGAGUAACCAUGCAACAAAGUGUGGGUAUCCGAUUGUCGACUUCUGCCAACUUAUAACGCGUAAAUUACGUUUACAUAGAAAGUAUGGAAUAUUGCCUGGAUGUCUGGAACUUAAUGCUAGCGAACUGAAAAACUGUCUUUCUGCCCAAGCCGAUCAUUUGUUCCAAUUUAGUGUUGACCUUAUGGAUAUGUUAGAAGAAAUUUUACGAUUCAAGGAUGUUGUUAUUCUUUCGGUGGACGGUAUUCAAACUGCGUCAUUCAGUCCACCUGGUCAAUGUAAACUUAUACCUCUUAUACAAUGCAUUCAAGAUGCUGCAGCUCUGUAUGAAUUAAUCAUACAGGUUAUCUUCAAAUUACAUGAACUACUGGGCAAUGGAACAAUGUCUGGUCACAGGGAUCGCUUUAAAGAUCUUCAUGUAUCAAUCAAGAAAUUCUUCGAAAGUGUUUUUCAUAUGCAUUACUUUCGUUCGUUUGUUCACAUACCUUCGAUCUCGCAGAAUCCGCCGAAUUUUUGUAUUCAAUCAGAAUUAGGCGAACAUACUACACUUAGGGUUACUAUGAAUGAAACGUCACUGUCACCAGUACUGGCAACCACGACAACGGUAACAACAGCACCAGCAGCAACAGCAAUAGAUGAAAAUAGAAGUCAACCUUCUGGUGAUGAAGAAGAUUUUUUUGAAUUGGCUAUUAUACCUAGAAUUUUAUCACCAAGCUAUUCAAGUAAAUCACCAAUUGAUGAGAAAACAGAAAUAUCCUCAAAAGAAACAAAACAGGAUGUUCACGUCAAUGAUAAUCAUAACAGUCAUGAUAAUAGUAAUAAUAGUUCAAAAAUGAAUUGGAAUCCAUUUUUCGAUAAUUUAAAUCAAACAAACAAUCACGCACUUAUACCGCAUCAUGCUAAUAUAACAGACGAAAAGCAUGAAGUACUUAUUGAGGUGGAGUUAUUAAAAUCUGAAAUAGAAAGAUUGAAAGCAGAACACCAUGAACAAUCCUAUUCCCUUUUGAAUCGUAUACGAAUUUUGGAAGAUGAAAUUAAAGAACUAGUACAAUAUAAAUCAAAUCAUGAAGAGCAGCAAAUGAACUAUGAAACUAAAUUAAAUGAGAAAAUAUGUCAAGCUCAAGUCUUCGAAGAGAAAUUUGUUAAACUAAAAGAAGUUUAUACGAAACUACGUGAGGAACAUGUUGUUCUAUUAAGAAAUCAUGGGAAUACACAACAAACUUUACAACAAGAAACGCAAAAGAAUAAAGAUCUGGAAAAAAUAAUUGAAGAUCUCUGUAAUCAACAGAUACCAGUUUCAGUCAAGAACAUAGAGUCUUUAUCGUUAUCUCAUCAACAAGUUGUAAACCCUAUAAAUCAAUCCUCAGAAUUAGAACAUCAAAUUAACAGUUAUGAAUCACAAUUAGAUACUAUAAAUGUUGAAAAAGAUCGUCUUACUACCGAGCUUUCUCUAAUGAAACAGAAAUUCUGUUUAAAUGAGAAGAAACUUGUAGAAAGUCAACAAUUACUCGAAGAUUGUCAAGUACAAAUUUCCCAGUUAACCAGUGAACUGAAAUUACUAAAAGAACAGGUGGAACAGCAAGCAUCAAAUCCGAUCAUUGAAAUUGAUGUAUGUAAUAGAAAUACUCCUCGGAUUAACAACUUUAAUGAUGAUAAGACUGCUAGUUACGAAGAUAAGCCAAUGCACUUUAGUACAUUUAAACAAUUGCUUUUAAGGAAUACUAUUGAACAGACAUUAACACUGCUAGAAAGUAAUCGAACUGCUACUGGACAGUCAAACGAAUUAAUGGAUAUUUUUAUUCACUGCUCACCAAAUUACUUUUUGAAUGAAAUGAAUGAAACGAUUAACCAUUUCAUUGAAUUAGAAUCAGCACUAACUGAAAACUGGUUUGAUUCAAAAGGAGUUUAUCAAAUUCCAUUUCAUAUCAACCAGUUCACUUCUAAACUGUCAAUACUGUCUAUCUAUUCUAAGUCAAUGUCUCAGUCGGACAACGAUAACGAUUACUCACGUGAUUAUUUAAAGAAUUUUGAUUUAAUUCAAAAUGAAUUUGUGAAGUUACUUAAUAUUUUACAAGCUAACAUUAGUACUAAUCUGGAUCAUAGAGAUAUUAAUGAUAAUGACGGUGGUACAAGUAAUGCUUAUCACGAGAUAAGAGAAUAUUUAUCGACAAUUCAUCAUCAUUUAAUCACUGUAUUUGAGGAGGCAAACAAAUCAUCAUCAAACUGUUUACCUAGUGAUCACAAUGCUGAUCUUCGUUCUUCAUCUGAUCUGAUACAAAAGGAAAUGGAAUCAACCUUUGAGACCAUCUCACUUGCAGAAUAUAAAUUCCGUGAUUUAAUUGCAGAAUCUAAAAAGCAUUCAGCUAAUAAUGAACAUCUUCAAGUGAAUUCAUUAAUAUUGGAUUGUUGUUCUGAACUUCUACUAUGUGUUGGAGAAUUAGUUAAACAGUCUGAAAUGAUUCAACAAGAUAUUAAAGAUUCUUCAACAUUACUUGAAUUUUAUAAGCCACAUAAUCGUUGGACGAACGGUUUUUUAUCGGCAGCUAAAUUUGUUGGUGCUGGAGCUAAUGUGAUGGUUGAAAUAGCAGAUGCGAUUGUCUGUGGUAAAGAUGUGAAACUAGAACGUUUAAUUGUAAUAUCGCAAGAAAUAGCUGCUAGUACAACACAAUUGGUUUAUGCUACACGUGUGAAAACCAAUCCAGAGUCUGAAAUGUUUAACAAAUUACAAUUAAUUAGCAAAGAGGUAUGCAAAUGUACUGGAAAUUUGAUCGCAUGUGUAAAGAAGGUCAUCGAAGCAAAACAUAUGGAAGAACUCGAUUUUAGUUGUCUUACAUUAACUCAAGCAAAACGUAUGGAAGUAGAAUUACAAGUGAAAAUUAUUGAAUUAGAAACGUCACUAACAAAUGAACGAAAACGUUUAGCUCAGUUGAGAAGAGAUAACUAUCAGUUAUCGGCUGAAGUGGAGGUAAGCUUUACUGUAUAACACUUAAUGUUUAUAAAACAAUCAGAUUUGAAAUAUGUCUAUUCUAAAUUGAAAGUAAUCGUAGGUUUUUUGAGUAGACAAAUGUUGCUCAUACCAAUGGACGUUAUCAGUAUCAUCAGCUGAUAUCAAACAAUUUUCAUGAGUGGUGUAUAGAAAUGCGUUCAGCUCAUAAGAUCAAUUUAAAUGACACAUUCGAAGCUAAGAAAAACCUUUAACGCUCUCUGUAACAGUGAGUUAUUCAUACUUAUCGAACGUUGAUUGCAGCUGUAGAAUCUUACUUAUUAGGCUAUUGAGUCAUGAUAAUCAUCGUUUGUAAUAAAUUUUGUUCACCUUUCUGAAGGAUAAUGCUGACUUUUUAAGGUGACUUGCUUUAUCGUUCUAUUCAAUGUAAAAGUCCAUAUGGAAUUAUCCUUUAUCCUACUGAACUCUACCUCGAUCGAUCGAGCCAGAGAUUUACUAUUUGACUUAAAGUGUGUAGAAGAUGCUGUCAUUAUAAAGGAAGACACUAGUUAGAUAGUGAGUCUUCAUGAAUGUUUUGCAUCUGUUUCUUAUCCCAUGUAUGCAAUUUAUUGCUUCAGGAAUAGUUUACGAAACACAUUGUAUCACAGUAAGGAGUGAAUUGGAUCUAUGCGUUACCCACUUCGCCCACUUGAAAAGUUUCAUUAACCCCUAGUAGUUGAGGAAACGUUCGACUGGAUAUACCAUGAAAACACCACGUGAACAAUGCAGAGGUUAAGUGUAGUACAUUAAGCAAUAGGAUUGUCUCCUUAUCACUUAAAAUAACUAUAUUGAUCCACCAUUUACCCCUAAUGCACUAUGUUUGCUGCGAUACGGCUAGGUAGGAAGAUGGUUAAAAAUGACCGGACCACAUUACGGCACUAUUACAUGAAGUCUCAGACUCCUGGUGUUAGCUGUUUAGGGAUAUGCAAUUUUCAUAGUUGGCAUCAACGAGGUAAUCUCUAGGAAGUGACUUUUUAACUUUGCCAUUGGUGAUAUUCUCGAGACAGCUUUGAAACAGAUGUUUGCUGACUGUGGUGGACUGCUUCCGCAAGGAAGAUUUUUCAACGCUGAGUAUGCGGAUGAUUAUGUCUUACCAUGCAAAAAUAUAAAGACUACUCAAAUCUCACUCGUUCAGAUGAUGGCUAGCUCCCUCAAUUAGGAUACGUGCUUUGCAUCGUCCAAGUGCUAAGUUCUUUCAUAAGAUUAGAAGAAACCUUUGCGUGCACUCAUCUUCAGUGAUGAACAUUUUGAAGUAGUCGGAAAGUUUGUGUGUGUACUGGAAGCGUGAUUGAUGAAAUUGCUAACCAUGCCAGCAUAAACUAAUUUGGGUCCCCUUCGUGACGUUGAUGAAGAUGAGUGUAGUUGACUGUAAAACUAUUCAGCAUGGUUGGUUAUACCCCACGUUCAUGAAACAUGUUGCUGUAAGCUGAGGUUUUCAGAUGACAAUAUCCGACCACCAUUGUUUUGUUGGAUUGCUAGCAUCCACUGAAACCAUGGUGUUAAAUAUGGUGUGCGGCGGGGUGUAGUAGGGGUACUCAUUCACUGCAUAGAGGUGUUCUGAAUUACUGACUACAGUGGGUUACAUCUGCACUACAAGUUUCUUCCCAGUAAAAUCGAUACCAUUCACUGUUAGGUAUUUAUUUGACUUAUUGGAAGAAGUAGAAAAGCAGUCAGUGUGAUGUAAUGCCAUAUAAUGCAGGGUACUUUUGGAAUAGCACCUGUUUUACCCAACAACUUUUUUGAUAGGCUCCAUUUCACACCAGUUCCAGGUCUGAUUUUGGUACUGAUUCACUUCCUGAGAUUAUGCAACUCAGUAUCUUAGCAGGAUAGAAUAUAUGGAUCAGAUUCGAAGCCAGCAAUCGUGCUGCAGAUUUCCCGUUUCUUCCAUUAUCGAAAAGUUAUAUGAAAGCAAUGAAUGUUUCAUUAAGUGUUUCCGAAGAAACUGCUUACCUUCCCGUUAUUUUGUUUGUUUCAUCUCAUUUGUCCGUGUUCCUGGGGCAAUCAUUUGAAGUUUGCUUUAAAACAAUAGAUAAGGCGUCAUAACCUGAAAUAGGCAGCAGUGUCACAGUUGUAUCCACACCUUAUCUUACCUAAGUCAUAAUAUCUUAUAUUCCCAUCCAUUUUAUCUCUUCUCUUUUUUUGUUUCAUUAAAUUUUUACAAUUAUAGACGUUAUUUUCAUUUUCCUAUCUUUUUUCGUAUCUACUUGCUUAUCAACUUAUCUUGAGGUGAAUGGUGACAACUUGAACCGAUAAGCAACUCUGCCAAAUCUAAUAUGUUCGUCUUAUGAAAGAAAAUGUGUUAAAUGAAGAAUAGUACUGCCAGCAUAUCCUAGAAUACUUGCUACCUUCCAC